UAUUUUGCUUAUCCCCAGACUAAAUAAUUUGAUUCUCUUAGGCUCGGAGGGAGAAGAAGAAGACGCGAGGGACCGUCUCCCGGAAGUGACAUUUGACAACACCUCUAGCACGCAGUGAUGACACUAAAAAGUCUUAUAUUGACAUUCCUCUGAUUUAUCAAUGAUCAGUAUCGUUGAUUAGAUGUUUAUCGUCUGACAAUCCGCGUAAGGUGAGUUAGUAUUUCUCCGUGUACUAGUAACAGUCACGAAUGGAUGCAUGUCUGGUCAAGAAGAUUACUAUUUUUUUCUUUAACAAUCUUCACAUAACAAACCAGAAACUGAGCAUUCUGUGCAGAUUAUUCAGCAGUGAUUAUGGGGAAGGGCUGUAAGGUGGUGGUUUGUGGGAUGGCAUCUGUGGGGAAAACAGCCAUCCUGGAGCAGCUACUGUACGGCUCUCACACUGUAGGUGCAGAGACGAAUGACACUCAGGAGGACAUCUACGUGGCGUCUGUGGAGACGGACCGUGGUGUGAGGGAGCAGUUACGUCUCUACGACACUCGAGGCCUGCGAGAAGGGCUGGAUUUACCCAAGCACUUCUUUUCAGUGGCUGACGGAUUCGUGCUGGUCUACAGCGUCGACAGCCUGGAGUCCUUCAGAAAAGUCGAGCUCUUAAAGAAGGAGAUAGACAAGUCCAGAGACAAAAAAGAGGUGAUGGUGAUGGUGCUGGGGAAUAAGUGUGACCUGCGCGAGCGGAGGCAGGUGGAUCAGGACGCGGCGCAGCAGUGGGCGCGAGGAGAGAAGCUCAAGCUCUGGGAGGUGAGCGUCACAGACCGAAGCUCUUUGAUCGAGCCCUUCACCAGCCUCACCAGCCGCCUCACUCAGCCGCAGAGCAAGUCUGCCUUCCCUCUGCCCGGCCGCAAGAGCAAGGGCACCCCGUCCAGCGACAUCUGAACACGUCCGUUCACACUCAGGAUUGCUUUCUUUUCGUCAUCGUGCUGCAGCGAAUCUCCAAAACGAACAAGUCGUCCAUGACCAAAAGAUUUCAUUCUCACUAACGCAGAGUUCUUCCAGAUUUUUUUUGUAACUAUGGUUCUCAUUGAUUUAAUAAAAUUGCUGUAUUUUACAAUAUAAAUGUUAUAGAAAUCUGUCUUUUUACAUUAUGGGUUUCCAUUUAUUUAUGCAAAUAUAACUUAUGUUUUAUAAAAUAAUUUAUUUUGCGACGGAACCCGAGAAUCAGUAGCAGCACUCAAGAUGAUAGAAUGGUACAGUAGAGAGAAAAUGCACCGUUUAUGUGUUUCUUCGGGCGCGAACUUCAGUCAAGAACAGGCAGAAGUGCUUUAAGAUGCCGGUUAAUAAAAAGACGGCGAUGCUGUUAUGUUAAAGCCAUAUAGUGCGUGUUUGUGUGUAUGAUAGCGUCGAUUUAUAAUCUCCGAUCAGCUGUUCCUUCCCUUUCUCUGAGCUAUAACGGUGUAGCCUGUUGCUUUAAAUGCCUGAAAACAUUAUACGGAUGCUACAGUAGAGGAAAACCCCAGCAGUUAUCAAUGGAUAUUUGUGAAAUCCUCACCUUACGCAAAAGACGCACUGCGUUUACUUACCCUGUAAUGACUUGUUUAACCAAAUAAAUGUUUACUGACUUGA